AUGGCAGUCCCCCCGAUCCUCAAAAAGGUCGGCAAGUGGCUGUCGCCUCCCCCCUCGACCUCUGAGGACGGACGUGAUCAAUGGAACUCGCGGGCCUCUUUCCUGCUGGCGGCCAUGGGUGGCUGCGCCGGCAUGGGAAACCUUAUUAGGUAUCCCUCCCAGGUCUACAACAACAACGGCCUCCAGUGGUUCAUUCCCUACCUCCUCUGCGUCUUCCUCAUCGCCAUCCCGACUCUGAUUCUCGAGGUCAGCAUCGGCCAGGCCUACCAUGGAGGUUCUGUUGUUGCUUUCAACAAUGUCAACCGUCGUCUCAAGGGUUUGGGUUUCAGUCUGUUGUACAUUGGCUUCAUCGUCGGCCCGUACUUUGUCGUCAACCUUUCAUGGAUCAUGAUCUACUUCCGCAACUCGUUCAAGAAUCCCCUGCCGUGGGAAGGACGAGCUGAAGAGUACUACUACCAGGAUGUUGUGCAGAACGUCGACGCCAUUCCCGGAAACAAGACCUUCAACUCGGUGCAAGACUACGUCAAGUAUCCUGGUAUUGCUCUGAUCGGCGAGACUGUGGGAUGGACUGCCUUUACUUGGUUCCUGGUUUGGAUCUCAAUCUUUCGCGGUAUCGGCCAGACAGGCCGUGUCGUCUACUUCACCAUGGGACUGCCUGUUAUCAUGACCAUCAUCCUUGUUGGUCGCUCCGUCUCCCUCCCCAACGCUGGCCGCGGCGUCAAGCUAUACUUUGGCGAGUGGAAUGGUGAGAAGCUCGCAAGUGGUGAUAUCUGGCAAACAGCCGCAGGCCAAGUCUUCUUCUCGACAGGUGUUGGUUUCGGCUACUUCAGUUCUUAUGCGUCUUACAACCAGAAACACUCCAACGCCGUCAUGGACUCGUGCCUGAUCGUCGCCAGCAACGUCCUAUUCGAAGGCUUUGCCGCCUUUGCUGCUUUCGGUGUUGUCGGCUACCUCAACAUGAUGCCUGUCCCCGGCGAGAGAAUUGGUUCCUUUACCAUCGGUUUCUUGACCUUGCCAACCGCCAUCACCACGCUUCCUGGUCAAAACUUCUGGGCCUUUGCCCUCUUCUUCACUCUCAUGGUUCUCGGAUACAGUUCGGCCUUUGCUAUGCUUGACGCAGUCGUCACUCUCGUCAUGGACACCAACAUCAAGAUGCGUCGCGAGUGGGUUGUCACAGGUCUCGUCAUUAUCUCAUUCCUCGUCUCACUCCCCUACUGCACCGAGUUUGGCUACGCCCUCUUGACUGGUGUAGACCGUUGGAUUAACGAUGUGGCCCUGGUGUUUGUCGUCUUUGGCGAGUGUGCCUUCUCAACCACUUUCUACCGGUGGAGGGACGUUGCCGGCCAGGUCGGAACUCCAGCCUUUUUCAUCUGGAACUUUGGAUACUAUGGAGGUAUGGUGCUUGGCGUUGCCAUUGCCCACGCUGUCCGCCCUGAAGCUGGUGCCGGUGUUGGCUUUGGUCUCUUUAUUGCUGGCUCGGUCAUCUCUGCCAUCAUCGGCAAGACACCUGAUUCUGUGCCUCCAGCUCUAGAGUUUACUGAAGAGAAGGGGUUCAUUCGCAGGACCAUUGGCAGGAGCGCUGCUCUGAACCGCGCCUUUGGCAACGUAUAUCUCACUCGAUUUUGGUACCUCGCUUUCUAUUCGGGCCAGCAACUCCGAAGAGAUCUCAACGUCAUCGUUGGAACUGGAAAGAACUGGAAGAUCCCCUCAUUCUGGCCCAUCCUCCUCCGCUUCGUCUCGGCCCCCGUUCUCGCCAUCAUCUACGGCUUCGCCUACCCAGCGUUCCACGAUCUCCGCGAUGACCCCCUUCACAUCCUCGGUUUCGCCAUCGCUCACAUCUGCCUGCUCCUGAUCGGCCUCGGCGUGCUCGUGCCUCGCUGGUUCGACUGCAUGAUCCCUCCCAAGCGCCGCGAUGAGGGCAAGAUCCCAUAUGCCCCCAAUGUGCUGCUGGGAAGCACCGAUGCUCAGCAGAGUGACUCGAUGGAGGCGGGAGAGGGCGUUGAGGGCUCCAGCGAGGAGAAGCGCAGUUAG